AUUAAACUAAUGAUUCACUGGUUUUAUUAUUUGUCUGUGUUAUCGGGUUUCACAAUUUUUAUACUCCAUAACACAAUAUUAUUCCAAUAUUAUUAAUUAUUAUUCCAACAUUAUUAAUUAUUAUUCCAAUAUUAAUAAUUAUUUUAAUGAUGUUGUGUAAUGUUGGUAGGAGUUCGGUGUAUUUUUCGGGUAUAUUGAGGAAAAGUGUGCCUGCGAGAUUCAGUUAUUUAAACAACAGUAGGAGAUAUUUCGGGUCUUACAUUGAGGAUUAUUACACUACGAAUCAUGCCGCUACUGGAUUCUCCUCACCCCUCAGAAAAUCUUUCGCCUUUCUCAUACUCAUUGCUCAGGCUACAUUAACAUUUGGCGCGUUGCUUCAUACGAAUUAUUAUUUUACUGGGAAGGCGCUUCCGAAAACUGAUGGGCAGUCUCAGCUCUGCUCCGAUUCCAGAUAAUUCACUGCCAAGUCAUCAGUUUAUCAUUCUAACUGCAUUUCUUUACCGCUACUAAGAUAAUAUUUUAAGU